CAUGACAUCACAGUAAAAAAACAAAAAAAAAUUGUAAUUGGUUGGCAUGCUUAUAACAACCCAAAUUUUUAAAUUUUCUAGUCAUUGAUAACGACCUUGCACUAAUAUUGUAAGGAUAAAACAUUUCUCCGUUUCAAUUUGUCUAUCUGAUUAAUCACGAAUUACAGUCAAACAUUAUAUUUUUUCGUAAAAUAAUGAAGACAUUGAUCUUAGUAUAGAAGUUCCUAUAAAGAUAGAAAAAUAAAGUGAAGUAGCCAUAUUCAUACUAGUUGUGGAAAUGGAUUAUGUUCAAUUUAUAGUAAAAGCGUCUUGUUCUGUUAUAGCGAUUACUCUGUUGUUGUGUAUAUGGAGCGUUCUGAACUGGAUUUGGUUCAGGCCGAAGAAAUUGGAGAAGCUGCUGAAAGAACAAGGUGUGAAGGGCAAUUCGUACUCGAUUUUGUAUGGGGACACAAAAGAACUUUCCAUGAGGAUUAAAGAAGUUACAUCCAAAUCCAUGAGUGUUUACGAUGAUGAUAUAGCACCAAGAUCGUUGCCUUUCUUUCUUGACACCAUCAAGAAAUACGGGAAGAAAUCAUUUAUAUGGUUGGGUCCAAAACCACUGGUGUUCAUCAUGGAUCCUGAUCUCAUAAAAGAAGUAUUCACAAAAACAUACAUUUACCAAAAGACGAAAACAAAUCCAUUGACCAAGUUACUUGCACAAGGACUAGUAAGAGAGGAGGGAGACAAAUGGGCUAAACACAGAAAAAUCAUCAAUCCCGCCUUCCAUCUAGAGAAACUAAAGCAUAUGCUUCCAGCUUUUUAUUUGAGCUGUACUGAGAUGCUGAGUAAAUGGGAAGAUGUUGUUUCGGUUGAGAGAUCACACGAGAUAGAUGUAUGGCCUCACCUUCAGCAAUUGACUAGUGAUGUGAUCUCUCGAACAGCUUUUGGCAGUAGCUAUGAAGAAGGUAGACGAAUAUUUGAACUUCAAACAGAACAAGCUCAGUAUUUCAUUGAAGCUGUACGCUCCGUUUAUAUCCCAGGGUGGAGUUUUUUGCCAACAAAGAGGAAUCGAAGAAUGAAGGAAAUCGAGAAGCAUGUUCAGGCUACAAUUAGAGGAAUUAUUGAUAAAAGAGUGAAGGCAAUGACAGGAGGAGAGGCGAAUAACAAGGAUCUACUUGGUAUAUUGCUCGAAUCAAAUUUUAAAGAAAUCAAACAACAUGGAGACAAGGACUUUGGACUUAGCAUCGAAGAAGUCAUUGAAGAAUGCAAGUUGUUCUAUUUUGCUGGACAAGAAACUACAUCGGCGUUGCUUGUAUGGACUCUAAUUUUGUUGUGCAGACAUCACGAUUGGCAGACACGGGCCAGAACAGAGGUAUUGCAAGUGUUUGGGAGUCGGAAACCAGAUUUUGAUGGACUGACUCAUCUAAAAGUAGUGACAAUGAUCUUGUACGAAUCGUUAAGGUUAUACCCUCCAGUAACGACAGUUACACGCCGGCUUAAUGAAGAUGCUGUACUAGGAGAUAUAUCUCUACCAGCAGACGUGCUACUCUCAUUACCAGCGGUCUUAUUACACCACGAUGAAGAGAUAUGGGGUGAAGACGCAAAGAAAUUCAAUCCAGAGAGAUUUAGAGAAGGCGUUUCAAGUGCAACAAAGGGUCAAGUCACUUUCUUCCCGUUUACAUGGGGUCCUAGAAUAUGCAUUGGACAAAACUUCGCUAUGUUAGAAGCAAAGAUGGUGUUGGCUAUGAUCCUACAACGUUUCUCAUUGGAUUUAUCCACAUCUUAUACUCAUGCUCUUCAUUCCGUUAUAACUACGCAACCCCAAUAUGGUGCUCCACUUAUUUUACACAAACUAUAGUUUGUACUUGUAAGCAGUGUCUUGUUAUAUGUUAAGAGAGAGUUCAAACAUGAUUAAUAAAGGCUUGUAGAACUGCCUAUUGUUUGUUUUAGA